GCUGAGCCUAAACCGCCCAAACCCCAAACCCUGAUAGAAAUUUUUAGUCUCUCAUAAACGAAACUUCGUCGAAUUGGUUUUCUAUCUUCUUCUUCUUUGCUGUGAAAAUGGUAGUAAGACUAAGAUUUCAUCGGCUUGGUUGUAGAAACAGACCAUUUUAUCGAGUCGUGGCUGCUGACAGUAGAUCUCCAAGAGAUGGAAAACAGCUUGAAGUUUUAGGUCAUUAUGAUCCAUUACCUGGGCAGGAUGGAGGUAAAAGAAUGGGUCUCAAAUUUGAUAGAAUCAAGUACUGGUUAUCAGUAGGUGCCCAACCAUCAGAUCCUGUUCAACGUAUUCUUUUCAGAGCUGGAGUAUUACCUACACCACCACCGUCUGCCAUGGCACAUAAAGGUGGACCCCGUGACAGUCGCCCUGUUGAUCCUUUGACUGGUUGCUUUGUAACUCCAGUGGAACAUACCAACACUGAUUUACCUAAAAGCUCCCAAAGUGCUGCAUUGAACUCUAAAAGCCUGAAUAUUGCCACACUGUUUGACAACUAAUCAGAGAGGGAAGUCUAGAUGAGUUAGUAUUGCGCAACUGAUAUGUAAUUCUGUUGGGACAAAUCCAUGACACUACAUGGUUUUCGUAAUUAACGCAGUUAGUGUAGUAGAGUGUAGUUGCACUGUAAUGCUCCUCUGGUUGAAGAGUUUUUCCUGUAGAUAAAUGUACUUGAAUAUAUUGUGGCUGAUUUAGCAAAACCCAAUCCAGUCCAUACCCC